AUGGACGACUCUGCACGACUGGAAAAUCUCGACGAUCCCCCAAACAGCCGUCUGUUCAUCGUGAGCAGCCGCACCGUGACCGAAGACCAGAUCCGGGACAGCUUCAGUGUGUACGGGGACAUCCAGGGGGUCUGGCUGGUCAAGGACAAGAACACGAAGGAGUCCAAGGGUGUCGCCUAUGUGAAGUUCGCAAAGUCGUCCCAGGCCUGCCUCGCCAUGGAGACAAUGAAUGGAAGACUUCUGGGCGAAGGAACCAAACCUAUUAAGGUGUUUAUUGCCCAAUCACGGAAUUCAAGCAAACACAGAGAUGUGGAGGACGAAGACCUGACACGAAUCUUUGUCAUGAUCCCAAAGACCUUCUCUGAGGAGGACUUGGUCCAGACGUUUAAGGAGUAUGGAGACAUCGAGUAUGCAAUUGUAAUCAAGAACAAAACCACAGGAGAGAGUAAAGGGCUGGGCUAUGUGAGAUACUAUAAACCAUCUCAGGCAGCCCUCGCCAUAGAAAACUGUGACAGAACUUACAAGGCUGUUGUGGCAGAACCUCGAACAAAGGAUAGAGGUGGAGAGGAUUAUAGUAAUGCGUCUGCUCCUUAUGGCAAUAGUGGAGAUACCAUGAACCAGUACAACUUUCCCACAGCAGGGGAUACUACUGGAUACCAGUAUUUGGACUAUCGCUCUGGAGACUACACACGCACUGUGAUGGUCAGCACAAGAGCUGCGCUUUCCCAGGAACAGUUCUUCAGCCUUUUCGACCUGAUCCCAGGACUGGAGUACUGCGAGCUGCAGAGGGACUAUGGGCAAGCACUGAUCCGCUACAAUAACCUGGGCUCAGCGGUCUAUGCGAAAGAAAAACUCAAUGGAUUUGAGUAUCCUCCUGGAAAUAGACUGGUGGUGGCUUAUGUUGAAGAUGGAGAGGACCGCACCAGCUCAGUGAAUCGCAUAGCAGCUCAGUAUGUAGCGUCCCAGAUGAUGUCUACUGUGUGGAGCGGCACCUCCAGUGGUCACAUGAAGUCCCCGCAGGGAUACUCGUCUAUGGGCCCUGUGGCCUCUCGCGUUCAGACUGAUGUCAAUCUGCCUGCUCCUCAGAAACUGGCUCCUCGAGACAGCCAGUCCAAAGAGCGUCUCUUUGUGGUGUUUUCUCCCUCAGUCCUGCCUCUGGACGUUCUGGAAGAUGUGUUCAGCCGUUUUGGUUCUCUGAUUGAAGUUCACCUUGUUCCUGGGAGGAAAGUUGGCUACAUGAAGUAUGCAGAUAAGCAGUGUGCAGAUGACGCCAUGGCAGCACUUCAUGGGCGUUUUGUGAAUGGUGUAAAGCUGAAGGUUAUGCUUGCUGAUCCACCACGAGAGGAAUCCCACAAGCGCCCCCGCACUUAUUAG